AUGUUCGACGUCAUCUGGACCGAUCCUAAUAGGGAGCUCAUGGGCGAGAAGAUCCUGAGGAAAGAGCAAGAAGCGAGGGUGAAGGAAAACGAGAAAAGGCAAAGGUCGGAGGGUAGCCGUCAAUCCGUGUCUACCGAAGGCUCCACUUCCAGUGAUCGUGGCUUUGGUAUCUUCUCCGCUAGAAGCCGAAGGAGGACACCGACACCGUCUAAGUCUAAGGAUUCGAUCAAGGCGCCGAAGUUGUUGCCCGGUAACGCUAACAAAGUUAACCGCACGUCGGCGUAUUGUGUCAAGUCCUUACUACACCACCAAGAUGAAUCGGAAGUUACUGUUAAGCCUACCGAGAAAGGCCAUCUUCCCGUACAACUCCCAGAGACUUCUGACGCCUCGAGUUUAUCCUCACCAGAAUCCACCCUGUCGAAAUGGACACAGCCGUCUGCUGCUACGAACAGCACCGGGGUCGGUGCUUCGGUGACCAGCGGGACGACCACAUUGAAACAGGAACAUCUGAUCCAGUCUCUAGGACCAUCUUCUUUCGUCACUAAAACUACCGAAGUCACGUCUUCGCCUCGCGAUCCAGAGAAAGACAUCGACCAGUUGGUCUCCGAAGUCCACAUAUCCGCUGAUCGGACAAAGGCUUCAACACCUUCGACACCACCCAUUCCAGACUUACCCAAGGGAGUGAAUCCUUUAGCGUUUGACGACGCUGGGUCUAUAGCGGCUCCUUCCCGACUACUACGAACCCCGCCCCUUACCGAGCCUCGAAAUAAUGCUGUCAUAUACACCCCAGGCUGGAAUAGCAAUGAUAGAUUAGGCAACCCAGACGCUUGGAAACCUCCUCAUGAAUGGGACUGCAACCCAACGAAGGAAAAUGCGACUCCUCCAGGAGAAGAAAGGCUGCAUAAUUCGCUAGUGAGCGACGAUUCGGAUCAGUGCAUGUCACCGGGCUUAGUGGCGCUACAACGUGAACUCCGAAUGAUGGCUGCAGCCACCCCAGAGCUCAUGCUCGCUAACAUGGAAUCUAACAUGGGGCAUUCGCCGGACGCCACCGUUUACAAAGAAUUGGAGAUGACCAAGAAGCGUUGGAUGUUCUCCGCCCUACAACACGAGGGUUACACGCCGCUUGGGGAAUGCGCGGAUAGGAAUUCGGGAAGCUCAGAUUCGCCAAAACUUUCUAACCCUCCUAGGUUUCUAGCAUUCUACGAAACUCAAGCAUCUGCAUCGUAUCUUGCAGCUUUGCACCCGCAAGCCUCAAUUACUCACUUGUCACCAAAACCGAUAUCUCCGAAUCUGUUCCCAAAUGUAAAGCCGAUCCUUGUACCAGCAAUAUCUGCAUCUGCGGGCUCUCGUCCGCUCGCGCCACAACUAUAUACGGCCGUAACAUGUCUACCUAUGCCUGCAUUGUUUCCUUCGAGCGAGAUCCCCCUGCUCCUUCGUCAUAUCUACCGCUGUCUGGCCCCUGGUGGUGCUCUACAUCUGACUUUAAUUGACCCCCAACCGGUCUCAGCCUCGAUGGGUCCAAAGAUGCGACAGUGGUUAUUCGAAAACCUCUUGAUCCAGCUUGAAAAAAAGUGCCGUACGACAUAUCCCAGCGGCACGUUCCCAGCCUGGUUAGCUGUCGCAAAACUCCGCGGGUAUGGUAGCACUCUUACGACAGUCUCGGUGCGUGCUGUACAUGAAGGCGCUACUGCGACCGAGGAGACGAAGGAUCAAGCGUCCGUGGAGAGCGAACUCCGUUGCCUGACUGCGAGGAUGUUGUGGCAAGAAAUCUGGGGGAAGUUUGUCCAUGCAGAUCGAUGGUGGUGGGAAGAGGAAGACAUUGUCCAGGAGUGCAUUGAAAGGGGAACUUAUUGGCAAUAUUCUCACAUCGUGGCUGUCAAGAACAAAAGAGCAUCGACGUGAUAACCGAGAGGAGCCCCGCCCGUAGUGGGGCAAACCUAUCAGAACUUUUCUUUAAUCGAGACAUGCAAAAGGAGGGGAUCGCAUCAAAUCAUGGCACCGGCGUUCUGGAACGAAUUAUCAUGCUCUUAUACUACCCUUUUACCUAACCAAAGCCAGUCCUCAGAACAUGAAAUACGCAAAAUCGC